GCUCAACGGCCAAAAGACCAAGCAGCAGCUCGGCACACAGAGAGAGGCUACAGUCAGAAGAGCAUGGGUCCAGCAGGUCGGCACCUCCGCGGCGUUCUCACGGCGCUCCUCGCGGCGGCCCUGGUGCUCUCCGCCGCCGUCCCGGCCGCGAGAGGCCAGGAGGAAACCGAGCACGAGGAGGAGUUCAGCUACGUGGUCGGCGACGAGAACGGGCCGGCGCACUGGGGCGGCAUCAAGGCGGAGUGGGCCAACUGCAGCGCCGGGCGGAUGCAGUCUCCCAUCGACCUCUCCCACGAGCGCGUCUCGCUGGUGCGCUCCCUCGGCUACCUCACCCACUCCUACCGCCCCGCCGACGCUUCCAUCGUCAACCGCGGCCACGACAUCAUGGUGAGGUUCAAUGGCGACGCCGGCAGCCUGGUGAUCCACGGCACGGCGUACUACCUCAGGCAGAUGCACUGGCACUCGCCGACAGAGCACACCGUCGACGGCCGCAGGUACGACAUGGAGCUGCACCUGGUGCACCAGACCUUGGCGAACAAGACGGCGGUGAUCGGCAUCCUCUACGAGAUCGGCGGCGAGGACCCGUUCCUGCAGGCGCUGGAGCCGUUCAUCCACCGGAUCGCCGACAGGAAGGACAGGGAGGAGCCCGUCGGCGUGGUGGACCCGCGGCGCGCGCGGGGGAGGGCCAGCGUCUACUACCGCUACAUGGGCUCCCUCACCACGCCGCCCUGCACCGAGGGGGUCAUCUGGACCGUCGUCAAGAGGGUCCGCACCGUGUCCAAGCACCAGAUGGAGCUUCUCAGGGAAGCCGUGCACGACGGCAUGGAGAAGAACGCGAGGCCGGUUCAGGACGUGAACGACAGAGACAUCAGCAUCUUCCGCCCAAAGCCCCAUAAGCACUACUAGUUAUAGGCUCCAUGAUCCAGCAGCGUAGUUAGCACAGUAUCAGUGAUGAUGCAUGAGCUGAACACCCGUGGUUCAGACAGACCUUCAGAAUAAUAUACAUAUGAGAUGAAUUGCAUUCAAUUUGUUGGAUGGUUCAGUGUUGAGGGGGAGAUGUAUACUGUAUAUGAUUACAGUUUUGUAUUGUAAUUCUUUCUACCUCUCUGUUAUACUCUGAUGAAGAGUAGGACUAAAUAAACUAAGCAUCACCUUCUGCCCUUCUGGUGUAGUGGUGUGCACUUUUGCAGAAAAAAAGAAGAAGAAAGGUUGCUGAUG